AUGUUUAAAUUAUUUAUAAUUUUGUGUACAAUAUAUCUGGCAUUUGGUGGCCUAAUAAUCGACAACAAUAAUAGUAACAGUGAUUAUGAGUUUACUGGUAAAAGUUGGGUAGUAUUGUGCUCAGGUAGCUCCGGUUGGAGUAACUAUGCUCAUCAGGCUAACGUCUAUCACGCCUAUCAAACAUUCCGAGCCCGGGGUAUACCCGAGGAAAACAUCAUAAUCUUUCAUUACGACAAUAUAGCCAACAGUACAUCAAAUCCGACACCCGGUGUUGUCAUCAAUUCGCCUACCGGUCCCAAUGUCUACGUAAAUAUACCCAAACAUUAUACUGGCGAUGAUGUCAAUCCAGAGACUUUUCUCAAAGUACUUAAAGGUGACAAAGAUCUGGAAUCGCAGGGAAAACGUGUACUAAAAUCGGGACCCAAUGAUCACGUUUUUGUACAAUUUACAGACCAUGGUGCACCGGGUAUGGUUAUGUUUGAAUCAAAUCCAUUGCAUGCCCAGGAUCUAAAUGAUGCCCUA